CUGUGCACGACUGUUAUGACUUCAGCCAUUUGCCGUUGUACCACUUCUAGUGAGGCGACUUCGCGAAACUGGUGCCCAAACUCGAUGGAAGACAAGCAAGACGUUGUAGUUGCCCGCGAAGCUGCCGCGAGGUCAAAGUCCAUGCUGCCUCGAGUCCAAGUCGAGGACAUCCAAUUCGAGAUUGACCAUGAGGUUCCACCACGUAGACAAACUAUCAGCACUCAGCUACCUCCGUCUUCAGCAGCAGGGGGCCGGAAGGGCUUCAGCAACAGCAUGAGCACGGGCACCCCUCUAAAAAUUCUCAUUGCUUCCUGGAACGUCGGUAAUACCAUGCCGCCCAAAGACUCCAAACUAUUAAACGAAUGGAUUCCAGAGGGUGGUGGCGACUUUGAUGUCAUCGCAUUGGGGUUACAGGAAAGCACCUACAAGAGUGAAAAGAUUUCCGAGAACUUGGUGAGAGCGGAUAGUUUGCACACGUCGAAUGCCAAAGCCGAUGAACAAGACGUAGAGGAAAACGAGACAGACCCUCCUACGCUGAAUAGCGUCCUCGAUGCUACUGAGGUCGACGAUGUUGAGGAAGAAGACGAAAUGGAGGAAGAGGAAAGCGAGACAAAAACUGAUUACCCGGGAGAUAAAACAAAGAGACGUGGCUCAUUGGACUUAUCAAGCACCGAUGAAAACAGUAGCCCCAGCAGUGAGGCAAUGCGCACUGCUCGUGUCGGGUCUACGGAAACGAGCAAUUCUAGCACAAUUGAUGCCAGCAAGUCUUCGGAUGUAAUUGUGAAGCGGUCUCGUACCAAGAAGUCUAUGCGCAAGAUGACCAGGAUGGUGCGACAGUUAAGCAGCAAUCUGCGCGACACAAUGGGAGAUACCCACGACUAUCCAUUCAGCAAACAGAUUUAUCUGCAUCUUGGUGAUAGCUACGUUCUAGCAGGAAAAGUAGAAUUGAUGGAGAUGCGGUUGUUCGUCUACGUUCACGAACGCAACAACGUUUGUGAUGUGGAAAAGCUAGCAGUUCCCACGGGCUUGGGUAGCGUCAUCGGAAACAAGGGUGGUCUGAUAUUCAAGUGUGUCGUCGAGAACACCUCACUCUGUUUUGCUAGUUGCCACCUGGCUGCACACCAAGACCAAAAAUUCCUCGACAAGCGCAACAGCGACUGCGCUACCAUCCUUGGUGCUCAAUUCGGGCAAAAGAAUGUGUCAAUCGAUCACCAGUUCGACCACUGCUUCUGGUUUGGUGAUCUGAACUACCGCCUGGAUUUGAGCUACUCGGCUCCUCGCCAACGCAACCACGAAAAGCACUGCGCCGAGGUCAUGACACUUGUACGAGCCAAGAAGUGGGUUACAUUGAACCAAAACGAUCAACUGAAGCAUCAAGUUGAAGACAAGAAGGCGCUAACAGGAUGGGAACUACCGCCGGCGCUUUUCCCACCAACGUUCAAGAGAGUGCGGCACACUCUCGACGAAUACUUGCUAGAGCGCGUACCCUCAUACUGCGAUCGCGUUCUGUACAAAUCGCUGCCUGGAUUGCGUGGCAAUCUGAAGCUGCAGCGGUUCUCCUGUUUUGAAGCAAUUGCUACCAGCGACCACAAACCCGUGGCGGCGGCAUUCCAGGUCGGCCAAACACCACACAUCAACUCAGGUUCAACGGAAAAUUCAACGCUUGUCGAAAUCUCCGACCUUACCGGCAAAAGCCUCCUUGGGCUCGACCUAGCUGGUCUUAGUGACCCGUACGUCAAGUUCUACUCCACCCCUAGUAACGCGGUUCAAGUAGACGCGAGUGGAAGCCAUCCGAGUACGGCAACGAUCUCGAACACUUGUUCGCCAAAGUGGCGAGACGAUCAGGUCCCCAAGCUACACGUACUGUGCGAUAACGAGCGCGACGUGAAACACGUUCAUUUGACCCUAGUCGUCAUGGACUAUGACGCCACCUCGAAAGACGACUUGAUGGGUGUUGCAUCGGUGUCUUUGGAUAAAUUCUGCCAGAGUCGACCGCGCUUCAUUCCGUUCGAAGUCCCAGUUGUCCUUAACGGAAAAGCUGCAGGCACCCUCACAGGAAAAAUUCGCAUCACACUUCCUGGUCAAGACACCCCACUUCCAGAAGAAACAGGACCACAACUGAUUCGAGUGGCAGGAUGUCACUGCACCCUGUCCUAAGAAGUUAUAACAUCACCAAAAGUGAAGCAAAAUAACAUUCAAAAACAAAACUAUUUGCAAUACUCUCA